AAAAUACAUUUGUAAGAAACCGUUAUUAAUGAUAUCUAAAAACAAAAACUAAAAAGAAAAAAAAUUCAAACUGGUAUUUCUAUUUUAUUUUCAAACUUAUUCUCGUACAGGAACACUGAAUAUUUAUAGGAAAUUACAUACUAUUUUAUAGUAAAAUGUCUUCUAGUACGUUUCAUUUGCGCAACAUUUCAAUGUUGAACAACGAAAAUCCAGUUAAGAAUAUAAAAGAAAGUCAAUUAGUGAAUCGCAAAAAGACUGCUUUAAAAGUUUUAACAAAUACAGUACAGUCUGCUAAAAAAUCAGAUGGAAAAGGAUUAAAAGUACCAAAAGUUCUUCCAAUGAAAAAAUUUGAAACACAAUCAAAAUGUAGAUCUCCGUUACAAGAUAUUACACAUGACCAAAUGAAUGAAGAUAUUACACAUUUUGGUUGUAUGAAGUAUCAGGAAAAAGAUUGUUUACCCUCAAAUAUGACUAGUAAUAUAAGUAUGCUAAGUGAUUUUUUCAACACUCACAGUUUCAAUGAGGAAGACGAUUGGUUUAUUGAAGAUUAUAAAAACACUAUGGUUGCAAAAAUUAAAAAUACUUUUGAAUAUUUUGAAAAGCCAGACAUAGAGAUGUUUUUAUCACCAUUACCCAUAAUGGAAUUUCCAGAAGUUGCAUUUUAAAUAAUAUAUUUUUUAUUCUAUAAUUGUAAAUAAACAAAUUUUUUUGAGUACAAUUUUUUUGUGUUAAUGACAUUUAUGUUUAAUUUAUAACAUUUUUUUAUAAUAAAACUAGCAAGAGUAAAAUAUUGUUGUUUCAAGUUUUUGCUCACUUAGAGAAAUUUUACUUAAAUACUUAUAUUUACUUGUACAGUACCAUGUCAUUUUAAUAGAACAACAAGGUACUCAGAAGAACCUUUUUUAUGAGGA